ACAUUCUGUGGUAAGGCGACCAGGUCGCAGCCAUUUCCAAAACUUUGCAGGAGUGGGCGAAUUUGGCUGUUUAAUUCGGACGCACCUCACUCCAUCAUGGAGUACGCAAAAAUGAUUGUUCCGGUAUACGUUAUGAGGAAAGUGUCAUUGCUGAGCACUUCCCUCAGUCAGCGAGUCUUGCCCAUGCCCUCACCCCGCCCUUUCAAGGUGUCCACAAACGACCGCUGUCAGAAGAAAGGUGUGAUCGCUACCUCACUGGAUGACCUCCUGGAUAAAACUGCAAGUGCCUUCCUGCUGUCCUUCCAGUUCCUGACUCUGGUGCUGGAGUCGGAUGGGACCACAGUGGACACAGAGGAGUUCUUCCAGUCCCUGCCUGCCAACACUCCAUUCAUUGUUCUGGAGAGGGGGCAGAGGUGGACCAAGGCACCGGAUGACCAAGAUUGCAAAAAACCUCGAAAGAAUGGAAUGGCAAAGCUGUCCUUUCACCUUUACAAACUGCAUCCAAAGGACUUCCUUGGAUGUCUGAUAAUCAAAGCUAGGCUGUGUGAGAUGUACACACUGUCAUAUGACAUCAGGUGUGUGGGUGUUAAGCAGAUGCUAAUGGCAUUCCUACGCUGUCUGGCAUAUAUGGUUAGUUUGACUGGUCAUAUGCUACAGUUUGGCUCUUCAUACGUGCUCCAGUACAUGGGUGAAGAUGAAUACCAGAGCAGCAACACACAACAACCCUUCUGCCUAGACUCAGCAUCUUGACUGCAGAGCACUAUGAAAUGUCAGCCACAAGAUGCUAACUGGCCAACAAAGGUGGCUGCAAAUGAAGAGUGAAAGGUAGCACCUGCACUGAGAUCUGUACUACAGUUAAUGGAUAACCCCCAUGGUAGGCUGCCUUUUAUCAGGUACUGUUCUUGGACCACAACAGACCAUUCAGGAGCCAGACCACAACAUAGCCUAUUGUGUUCAGUUGGCACCCACCCUCCCCCUUCCCUCAAAGAAAGCCAUUGUUCAGUUAGAAAAGAUUUGUGUGUAUAUAUAGCUUCCACAAAGGCUGUGUGUUUCAAAUGCCCUUUAAUUGUUUGGUCAACUAUUGCAGAAUGAUUGUUAUUAACAUGUGAAUCUAUGCAAUCGUUUGUUUUUAUGUGCAUUUGAGUUGUGGAUGACAAUCCUUAAUAAAGCUUUUUUUUAAAAACCAAAA